AGGAUCUAUCUGGAGACUCGGGCUCCUGUCGCACCCCUCUGCGGCCCGGCUGCCUUAUGUGCACUCCGCAGCUGCUGCUGCUGCUGCUGCUGCUGCUGCUAGUGGGCCUGAUGCUUUCUGACGCCGCCCGGCCGCAGCCCUCCUCCACAGCCCGGGCUCUGCCUACCUCCUGGGUCCUGGGGCCAGUGACGCCCGAAGUACCAACUACAGCGCCUCCAGACUUGUCUGAGAGUCCUACCCCCUGGACACUAUCGAUGCCCGAGAACGCGACCACCGACCCCUUCCCAGCCUUAUCGAUCUGUGUCUGUGACUUGACUCCUGGUACCUGCGAUUUAAACUGCUGCUGCGAUAAGGACUGCGAUCUUCUCCAUCCCAGAACAGUCUUUUCCUUCUGCCUUCCUGGUAGUGUAAGAUCUUCAAGUUGGGUAUGUGUGGACAACUCCCUGGUCUUCAGGAGCAACUCCCCAUUUCCUUCCAGAGUUUUCACGGACUCCAGUGGAAUCACACAAUUUUGCGUCCGUGUGAACAACUCAAAAUCAAACUAUUUCCAGGAGCUCCAAACAGUCAAUGCAACCAACUUCCAGGCCCUGGCUGCAGAGUUUGGAGGCCAGUUCUUCACGUCAACACCGAAAACCCAGCCGCCAGGGCCAUUCUAUAGGGCUGGGGAUCCCAUCCUGAUCUACUACCCAGGCUUGUCCGUAGUGAGCCUACUGCGGCAGCCUGCAGCGGUGGGAGCUGGGGGACUUUGUGCUGAGAGCAAUCCUGCAGGUUUCCUAGAGAGCAAAAGCACAACGUGUGCUCGUUUCUUCAAGGACCUGACCAGUAGCUGCACCUCGGAACCAGCCCUGGAUGCUGCCUCUUACCAUAACUUCAGAGUCCUGAAGGUUCCAAGAGCUAUGACUGAUCUUCAGAGUAUGAAGUUCCAGGUUCCUGUGACACUUGCCUCACAAACCAGCCCUCCUCUGUUGGCUGGCAACACGUGUCAGAAUAUUGUUUCCCAGGUCAUCUACGAGAUAGAGACCAAUGGGACCUUUGGGAUCCAGAAAGUCUCUGUCAGCUUCAGACAGACCAACCUGACUGUCAAGCCAGGUGUUUCUCUACAGCAGGACUUCAUCAUUCACUUCAGGGCAUUUCAACAGAGAGAGGCUGCUUCUCCUGCUGCUCCGAGAAGUGGGAAUCCUGGCUACCUCACGGGGAAGCCACUCUUGGUGCUAACUGGUGACCUAAGUCACUCUAUGACCCUGUUGCAGAGCGAGGGUAAUGGCCUUUGCUCUGCUAAGAGGCACGAAGUACAGUUUGGAGUGAACACAGUGUCGGGGUGCCAGUUAAGACCCAAAGAGGUGAACUGCAGCCACUUGCAGGAGGAGAUUUACCAGACUCUCCAUGGAAGGCCCAGACCAGAGCACGUUGCCAUCUUCGGUAACGCUGACCCAGCCCAGAAAGGAGGGUGGACCAGGAUCCUCAGCAAGAACUGCCGUGUUUCAACAGUUAACUGCACUUCCUGCUGCGUGAUACCAGUGUCCCUGGAGAUCCAGGUGUUGUGGGCACAUUUAGGACUUCAGUCCAACCCACAAGCUCAUGUGGCAGGAGCCCGAUUCCUGUACCAGUGCAAGUCUGUACAGGAGCUCCAGAGGGGAAUAGAAGUAUCUUUGAUGACUCUCGUGAACUUUAUGGACCUUACUCAGAAGCCAGAACCGCCAAGGGAUCAACCUAGACCAGACUGGAAACUGCCAUUCGAUUUCUUCUUUCCCUUCAAAGUGGCGUUCAGCAGAGGGGCCAGUGUUCAGAAAGACUCGUCCUCUCUCAUCCUCAUCCUGUGUGUCUUUCUACUUGGACUUCUCAACUCACAGACCUAGUGAAGAAAGGAAAUAAUCAGGUUUCAUUUUUCCCUGUGGGAAACUAAAGACAGCCUACUGAUCUUGGCUAAACAGGUCUGGCUUACUCGUGCUUACAGGACGGAAUUUAGGGAAACAGAACCUAACAAAAGAAUUUUUUUUUUCCUUUCCAUUUUCUCAUUAUGUAACCUUGGUGGCCUAGAACUCCCAAUGUAGACCAGGCCGGCUUCAGAUGCACAGAGAUUUCCCCCUGCCUCUGCCUCUGAAGUGCUAGGAUUAAAGGCAUGUGCCAUCAUGCCCAGCCAGGAAUCUUUAUAAAUUAAAGGUGGCAUGUUAGAAAAACGAUUAUAAAUAUUCUAUCAUCAUAGCUCUCCUCUUCGGGCUCCUCAGGUCUCAAGGUACACACUGUGUUCUCUGCUUCUAAAGCUGGGCAGGUCAAGAGCCUUGUCUCUUCACAUUGUGUCUGUUCAUGUUGCAUCCCUUCACGUUGUGUCUCGCCUCUAAUAAAUGUUUGCAGGGUCCACUCACAGGCAUGUGCUCCUGCCAUUCACCCAGAGUGAACUCAGAGUGCAUUAGUGCUGACAAUUUGAGCCAGGAAACUGCUGGCUCUGUAUUUUGUCUGGCUCUUUUGCCAAAGUAUAGCCACACCCUUUGCCCAGACCUGAGUUGGGAGAGUUGUUCUUUCUACUCGUUUUCCAACGUGAAUGGAGUUCCAUAUCCUUUUCUCGCUAGCGAAUGACCCCACCAGUCCUUUCUGUUCUUCCCUACUUGGUGGUGUGGGGUAAUAAAAGUGACUGAGAGCAAGUCCAGUAGCAUGGCAGAAGUUGACACCCCAUGAUACACACCCCGAGUAUUUUUACAUGUAUGAGAUUUAAAGGGGGAACGAGAACCCUCAUAAACUGUCCAGUAGCAUUUGAAUCAGGGGACUUCUUUUCUGGGGAAAUAUUCUCCUUUGGUCCAAUUUUAUGCCCGUGACUUCUGUUGAAGCCUGUUUCUUUAAGGGUAAGAAAGACUUCGUUAGCUCCCACAGAGCCCUGCCUGUCUGGCCGAUCCACAGAAGUAGCACGUACAGAGACCGACUUCUUGAGCUUAUUUCCUCUUCUUGAAUGGAAACAAAUUAGUUGAGAAUUAUUGUAGAAAACUUAAAGACUCAUGCUGUCCUUUUAAUUAAGGCAAGGUUUUGAUGGAAGAAAUGACAUUAGGUCUAAUUAUUUUAAACAUAAGCCUUGGAAUGAGGCAGUAAAUAGAAUGAGUUAGGAUGCAAAAGAAUGACUCUGGUGAAACCGUGUGAAACGUGCAGUUCUAAGGCACCGCCCCCUCUGAGUGACGUGCACCGCUGGAGCCAGACAGCCAGUGUGGCUUUUCCUGAUGGGUGAGCUUUCUAGUCAGGUUGGCCUGGCCUGGGAAAGUGGAUGGGAGGGGGAAGGACCUGAGGACAACCUGAGGGGAGGCACAGGCAUUUCUGUGGAUUAAAGUGAUCCUAGGAAGCGAUGGAAGUUUGCAUUGUGGGAAUUUGAAAGCCAGGCAGAGAGGGUUGGAGGUUAUUAAUACUCUGAAACCCAAAUUGUUUUUGAUUGUUCAUUUGUUUGUUUUUUUCGAGACUGGUUUCUUUGGAUAGUCUGGCUAUCCUGGACCUUGAUUUGUAAACCAGGCUGACCUUGAACUCAUGGAGAACUACUUUCCUCUAUCUCCUGAGUACUGGGAUUAAAAGCAUGUGCCACCACCAC